GCCUCGCCUAACGAUCUUCGUAGGAAUGUCAUUGGUGUCCGUCCUCACCAUUUUAACACCAUUCCUUGCUCGAAGAAGCUCCAGCUUGCUCAUAAUAACUCGUGUCUUUAUAGGAAUAGGAGAAGCUACGAUGUACCCUGGAGCUCAAGCAUUUUGGGCCAAAUGGUCGCCGCCCCACGAAAGAAGUAGGCUUGUAGGAUUUGCAUUUGGGGGUACUCAGCUUGGAAAUGCUCUAGCGUUUCCCGUAUCUAGUCUUUUCUGUGAAUAUGUUGGCUGGCCUUGGAUAUUCUAUUUCUUAGGAUCCUGCUCGUUGCUCUGGACACUGUUUUGGGGGUUCUUCGUGAGGGACAGUCCAGAAGAAAUGCCAAAUAUUACAGAAAUCGAGAAAAAGUAUAUCGAACACUCGCUCGGAAAAGAAAAUUUGCCGGAGAACCCUGAUCUGCGAAAGAAGGGUAAACCCUGGAAAUCCAUUCUGACGUCACUUCCUGUUUGGGCUAUUCUUGUGACCAAUGCAGCUGGAAACUAUGGUGCUUACAUGCUGUUGACUCAGAUUCCUACGUAUCUGAAGGAAGUUCUCAAGUUUAACAUCAAGUCUAAUGGGAUUUAUUCUAUGAUACCAUAUCUAGCAUUCUGGAUGACGAUCAUAGUGGCCGGAAUAUUUGCAGACACACUUAUUUCAAGGCAAAUUUUAAGCAUCAAAUGGACUAGAAAGUUGUGUUGUGCAAUAGGUCAUUUUGUACCCGCGGCUUUUUUGUUUGCCCUUGGAUAUAUGAAGUGUUUCCAGCAGGAAGCGGCUGUUUUCCUUCUUACACUGUCACUUGCGUUCUGUGGCUUCCAGUUUCCGUCCGUUUUUGUGAACCAUGGUGAUAUUGCUCCCAACUAUGCUGGUACUAUAUUUGGUUUUACCAAUACUGGAGCGAGUAUUCCAGGGAUAAUUGCGCCCUAUGUGGUCGCCUCCGUAACUGUUAACAAAACACAAGAGGAAUGGCUGAUAGCGUUUUACGUUGCUGCUGUUAUUUACUGUUUGGGAGCCAUUUUCUUUCUGAUUUUUUCCGAUGGAGAAAUUCAAGAGUGGGCUAAAGACAAAGAAGAAAUGGAGAACUUGGAGAAUAUUAGCGAACCCAGAAAAGAAGCAGCACAAGAAAAAUAUGACGCUCUUGGUCAUUAAUAAGGGAACACCC